AUGGAUGAAGAUAACGAAGAACCAGCAGAGAUUUAUCUGAAAACAAAGGCAAUGUUUGAAGAUAGAUCCAAAGCAUUGAAAUCUGAUGUUCCACCAAUAUCUGGUGAAAGAAAAGAAUUUUUACAUUUUAAAUACGGCUAUCCCCUUACUCUACCAGUUGACGAGAAGAUAGAAGAACCAUUAAGUCCUAAUUCAUCCAUCAAAAAAGCAGCAAAUUACGUUUUUCAUUUACAAGAUCGUGGAUUCGUUGAUUUGGGCGGUAUUCCAAGGGAUGAUCCAUUAAGUGUAUACAAGAAUUCGAUUAGGAGUGCAGCUGCCCGUCCAAAAAAGGCCCUAGUUAAAGAAGAUCAAGACUUAGAAGAUAAAGGAUACAUGAAUGAGCCAGAAUAUCAAGAAUUAGUGACUAUGAAUAUCGUAGUUGAAUCAAUAAAACUCAUCGAACAAUUACCUUUUAUAUAUACCAACGAUAUUAUCAUUUGGGUCGAUAAAUUUAAUUCAAAAGUUGGAACAAUAGCAAGGUCUCAUAUAUUAGCAGGCGAAUUCACAUACAGAAAGAGAACGCGAAAGCAACUACUCGAUUCUACUAAGAAAUUCUACAACGAAGUUAUAGAAAUCCGAAAAAUGAUUAUUAAAAACGUUUUUGAUCUCAAACUCGUCCAUUUCAAUAAGAUAUCUCGUAAGCUCGAAGAAGCAAUAGGCGUCAAAGUACCACGACCCGUCAAAGUCGAGAAACCAAUUGAGAAAUCCGCAUUUGUCCAACUAAAAGAGGUCAAAACUCGUCAAUUCGACAACGAAAUUCUCCAAAAAGUAUACGAGGGCACAUCUUCACCAGUUACGUCGCUUCCUCCCUCUUACAGACCGAGUUCUGCGUUUCUUGACGAUUCAUACUUUGCAAAAUUUGCCCAAACACUACAUAACUCUGUUACGGAAGCCAGGAGACAACUUGACUCAGUUGCAUUUGAUCGAACACCUGCUUCUACGCCCGCCAGACCAAAAACUCAACAAACCACUCCAAUUAAAAAGUUGGAAAUACCUCAGAAGAAGAAAAUAAUGAUCCUCGGCAACAAGACAACACGUAAGAAACAAGAAGCCCCUCCGAAACCAGUUCCAAAGCCAAAUAAACAAGAACUUUCUUCAUUACACCGAAAUUUCUGGGAAAUGGAUGAUCCAUUAGCCUCGAGAGAAGGAAAGUUCACAGAACCAUUUGAACAGUUCAAGAAGAUCACAGAUCUUGAUUCCGUCGAGUUUUUGACGAGUCAAAAUAAUUCAUCUCACGAUCCUCUUCCUUUCAUCGCAUUGAACCUCGAACCACAACCUAAGAACGUCAGGAAGCCUACCAGAGAAGAAAUGGUCUUCAAUCAGUCAACUCCGCCAAAUGAGCCGAUUGUAUUGGUCGAACCGAAGCUUGAAGACAUCAAAGUCAAGCAGAACUAUGAAGUUGCUGGUCAGAACAAGGACGCCAUGGUAUAUUUGUUGUCUUUGCCACCAGAUAAAGGUGAAUCUAAAGUUCACGCCAGAUUGGAGCAGAUUUGGGACUCAAUUGGUUUCGGAAUCAUCGAUAAGCUUGAUAUGGUGUUGAAAUACUCCCAUGACUUGGAAGAAUCAGGAAAGUUGAGUGAAUCUUUAGAUCUUUGGGAAGAAGCGCUUAGAACUAUUGAAGUAUACAACAGAGCGUAUUCAAGUCUCAAGGACUUCCUCAAAUUGGGUGAUACGGCUGGAGGAGGAAUACAUAGACAGACAAUUUUGGAAGAUUUGAGGAAAGAUUUGAACAACUCAAUAGAUGGAGUUAGAUAUAUUGCAAGGAUGCUGAGAGAAACUACUGGUGAUGAACUAGUCAUCAGGAGAAGAAAAGCUGAAGAUUUAAUCGCAUUAAGAAAUCAAAAACUAGCAAUGUUAAUGCAUACUACUCAAUAA